AUGCCUACUCUCUCGCUGAUCAACUUCAACAUCGUCUGUGCGACGUUGGGGGGUUUUAUCUCCGUCUUCGGAUUGGUGUCCUAUUUGUUCAAGGAGAGGUUUUAUUUGUCUGAAGCAUUGAUCUCUCUAUUGGCGGGGAUCGUCUUCUCCCCCCAUGCGGCCAACUUCAUAAGGCCCGAAGAGUAUGCUCUAGGUUCGGAGCAGAACCUAGAGAAAAUCACUCUGUAUUUCACCAGGCUCGUUCUUGGGGUCCAGCUGGUACUGGCUGGUAUUCAACUUCCGAAACGCUACUUGCAGAUAGAAUGGAAGAGCCUGUCGCUUCUCCUGGGUCCAGGAAUGGCCGCCAUGUGGAUGUGUAGCAGCUUGGUGAUCUGGGCUAUGAUUCCCAAUUUUCAGUUCCUCCACGCGCUCAUAGUUGGUGCCUGUAUUACUCCAACCGACCCCGUCCUGUCCAACUCCAUCGUGAAGGGAAAAUUCGCGGACAAAAAUGUUCCCCGUCCUCUGCAAAGAAUCAUCGUUGCCGAGUCGGGAGCAAACGAUGGGCUUGGUUACCCAUUUCUCUUUUUCGGAUUGUACCUCCUGAAAUACAUUGGAAUGGAUGGUCAGGGCUAUAGUGGAGGUGCUGGCAAGGCAAUUGGCCUCUGGUUCUACGAAACAUGGAUCUAUACAGUAAUCUUGAGCGUCGUGUACGGGAUCGCCGUCGGCUGGGUUUCGAGAGAGCUGCUUCACUGGGCCGAGGAGAAACGUUAUGUUGAUCGCGAAAGUUUUCUCGUCUUUGCCAUCUCUCUUGCACUCUUUAUGCUCGGGACCUGUGGCAUGAUUGGGACCGACGAUCUUUUAGCCUGCUUCGUUGCCGGAAAUGUCUUCACUCAGGACGAUUGGUUUCGCCUAGAAACGAUGGAUGACUCGCUCCAACCGACUAUUGAUAUGCUUCUUAACUUGGCCGUAUUCAUCUGGUUUGGCGCUGUUUGUCCGUGGUCGUCGUUCGUGAACAACGGCAUCAUUCCAAUCUACCGCCUUAUAUUCCUGGGCAUUCUGAUUUUACUUGUUCGCCGGAUGCCGAUCAUUUUCGCUAUGCACAAGUACAUUCAUCAGAUCGAGCAUCUCUUUCAAGCUGGUUUUGUGGGUUUCUUCGGACCCAUCGGGGUCGGAGCCAUCUUCUACCUGUCAGUGACCCGUGAAUAUCUGCGUACAAUCACGGUGGAGGGCAAAGUCCGUGAGGACGCGCAGAGGGUCUCGGAAGCCGUUGACGUGGUUGUCUGGUUUCUAGUUAUAUGCAGCAUCGUCGUUCAUGGACUUUCCAUCCCACUGGUCAAAGCCGGGUAUCAUCUUCCUCGGACCAUCUCCAGCGUUCUCAGCAGCAGCAGCCCAACGGACCCUGAUCCGGUCCCCAUCGCGAAUAUCAGCCACACCCACAGCACGGCCACCCGGGGCCCGUCUGCCAACCGAGGCCGUAAGCGCGGCAAUGGGCGCGAACCCCCGGAACCUGCCGUCUUCCAGAUUGGCCGAUCGGUGAUUCGGCCAACGUCUUCUACGGAGCAGCCGCAGAUCGGGACAGGAAACGCCGAAGAACCUGCUAGACCGGUGAACCUCAUCAUCCAUGAUGCUGAAUCGGGCGCUAUUCCAGCUGUUGCUGCUCCGCCUGUCCAGAGACAAUGA